AGUGUUGUAAAUAUUUUGGAAUGUUUACUUUGGGAAGCAAAAAUUAUGAUUGAUUAUGGCUCACUAUUCCAAAGAAGAGCUGGAUGAAGAGUUUGAACAGUUCAUGAAAGAGCUUUCAGAUGAUUCUUUUGAAAAUUCAAGCAAAACACCUAGACAACCUGAAAAAGAAGUGAAGAAGAAAGAUACAGUGCCAUGGUGGAUAACUGAAGAUGAUUUUGGAGAUGGUGGACUGCUUGGAACGAAUGUAAGCUAUUUGAAAACAAAGAGGACUUCUCAUCCUGUUAUGGAUGUGGAAGAGGAGUCUGCUGAGAGGAUUCAAUUUCUUAAGAGCAGUGGAACCUCUAUCUUAAGUAUUGACAGCUUAGAAACAAAUGAGAUGGUAGUUUCAGAGCUCGAUCAUAAUGUUCUAGGAUUGGGAUUGGACACGUUAGAAGAACAAGAGGAAAAAGAGCAGUUUUUUGCCAGGCUUGAGAAAGGCUUAACAUCUUCCAUUGAUUACUCAAGAUUGAAUAAGGAGUUGGAUUCUAAUGACUCCAUACAUUUUAAAGCUUUAAACAGUAAUCAAGCUGAUAUAGAACUAACUGAAGAUAAACAUGAGAAUGAAUCGAAACAUGAAGAACUGGCAGAAAAUUACAGUGAUGAUUUUGAAGAUGAGGAGGAUAUUGAUGCACCUUUGACUACUAAGGAUGAAGAGACUAAUUCCAAAGAAAAUCCCAAAUCAGAAGAAAUAAAUGCGCCCAAACAGGAAGAAGAGAAAACUGGCAUGCUGGCUAAUGUGGUGCUGCUUGAUUCAUUGGACUCUGUUGCAGAGGUCAACCUUGAUGAGCAGGAUGGAGCAACAGCUAAGCCAAAGCCAGAAAUGACUGAUAAUGAAAUGACAAGAACAGGUAUUUCUUAUGGACAAAGCAAUAGUGACAUUGAAGCUCUACAUCAGGCUUAUUGUCAUAUAGCCCAUUCUUUGGGGGAUGCAGAUGAACAAAGAAUUGAGAGGAAUGCAGUAGAAAAUAUCAAGAGCUCAGUGAAAGAUCGUCCUCAAGAAAAUGAAGAGUCCUCUAAAAACAUCUCUACCACAGAAUCUGAUCUGCCCACAGUAGAGGAGCUGAUGAAACCUAUCAGAAUAGAUUCCUUUGGGGUCGGUGGUUUUGAUUUACAACCUGUCAGCUAUAAGAAACUGGCUGAUAGUAAAGACACUAAAUUUGUAAGCUCUUUACCCAUUAAGAUGAACCCAAAUGUUAUGUCUCAAGAGUCACGAAAUGUGAACCAGUUUUUUGAUAAAAAUGAAGAGAAUGUGAUUUUACAAAAGACAACAAAUGAAGGUAUAGAAAAUAGCUGUCCAAGAGUAAAUGCUACAGAAGAACAUGUAGAUAAAAUGUACCUUGAUAUUUUAAAGAAAAAAAUAUCUGUUGGUCCUUCAUUAUUACCUCAGGAUGACAAAAUAAAUAAAAUUUUUAAACCUCAACUCGGUUCUGGAGAUGAAGGAGCUGUAAUUGGUAAACAGGUGCUGUACAAGAAGGCCAAAAGUGCACCUCCUUUACUUAAAAGAAAACCCCAGAGUGGAUUAUAUGCAUCAGUUAGGAGCUCAGGCUAUGGAAAAUCCUGUUCACCGUUCAAGACAUUUUCUACUCUUGAAAAGAAAACUUCAAAGGACAUUAUGAAAAGCAAAAACUUGAGAUCAAUUCCCACCUCAAAUCAAGCGAGGAAAAAAGAAAUCUUAUCUGGAACAAAACUCAUCACACCUGCAGCUUUGGGUAAACCAGCUCCCAAAACUGAAAGUUGCCUGGCUACUCCUAAGAAAUCUGAAGAUCCUACAGAAACUGAUUCCUGUGUUCAGUUUCAGAAUGAUUCUUCAGGAUGUCAUGGUGGGAACAAGGAGACAGAAUUAAUUAUGUUUCAAAGAGUUCAGGAAGCAGAGGAAAAAUGGAGGGGUGCACAAGCCCUAAUUGAGCAAAUUAAAGUCACGUUCUCAGAAAAAGAGAGAGAGUUGGAAAAUAAGAUGGAAGAACUAAAGAGACAACAAGAAAAGGAACUCUUCAGACUGAAUCAAGACAAUUAUAUUCUUCAAGCCAAGUUAAAUAGCUUUGAAGAAACAAACAAAAAACAAAGGUGGUUACAUUUUGGAGAAAUAACUGAUCCUGUCACUGAAGAAAAAUUGAAGCAAAUCCAAAAGGAAAUACAAGAACAAGAGACACUUCUUCAGGGAUAUCAACAGGAAAAUGAAAGAUUGUAUAAUCAAGUGAAAGAUCUCCAGGAACAAAACAAGAAAAAUGAGGAGCGAAUGUUCAAGGAAAACCAGAGUUUAUUCAGUGAGUUAGCUUCCUUAAAAGAACAAAUGCACAGAAGUCGUUUCCUGUCUCACGUAGUUGAAGAUCCAGAGCCUACCAGAAACCAGAAUUUCACAGAUCUCUUAGCAGAACUGCGUGUAGCACAGAAAGAAAAAAACAGUUUAUUGGAAGACAUCAAAAGACUGAAGCAAGACAAACAAGCUCUUGAAGUAGACUUGGAAAAAAUGAAGAGAGAGAGAGACCAAGCCAAAGAUCAGAUUGCUUAUGCCACAGGUGAAAAAUUAUAUGAAAUAAAAAUUUUAGAAGAAACACAUAAGCAAGAAAUAAGUCGUCUACAAAAAAGAUUACAAUGGUAUGCUGAAAAUCAGGAACUUCUAGAUAAAGACGCAGUGCGGCUUAAAGAAGCAAAUGAAGAAAUUGAGAAGCUCAAACUUGAGGUUGAGAAACUGAGAGCUGAAUCUGCAAAUCCGUCUAUUCAGCAGAAGAUACGUUCAAAAGAUAAAGCAGCUGAUGCCAAAAAAAUUCAGGAUCUAGAACGACAAGUUAAGGAAAUGGAAGGAAUUCUAAAGAGAAGAUAUCCCAAUUCUUUACCUGCUUUAAUAUUGGCUGCAUCGGCAGCUGGUGAUACAGUGGAUAGAAAUACAGUGGAAUUUAUGGAAAAAAGAAUAAAAAAACUAGAAGCUGAUCUGGAGGGCAAAGAUGAAGAAGCAAAGAAAAGCCUUCGCACCAUGGAACAACAGUUUCAGAAAAUGAAGAUUCAGUAUGAACAAAGACUAGAGGAACAGGAGCAGCUGCUUGCCUACAAAUUGAAGGAAGCAUCCCAGAACCAACAUGACAGCUCCUCCAGGGGUAAAGCACUGGAGAAGGAACUCGACGACAUUAAGGAAGCCCAUCAACUCACUAUAAGAAACCUUGGAGCUGAAAUAGACAUUCUGAAACAUCGGAAUGCUGAAUUAGAACUCAAGAAAAAUGACAAAGAUGAUAAAGAUUUCCAGUCUAUAGAAUUCCAGGUGGAACAGGCUCAUGCUAAAGCUAAACUGGUAAGACUCAAUGAGGAGCUGGCUGCAAAGGGGAGAGAGAUACAAGACCUUUCGAAGACUGUGGAGAGGCUUCAGAAGGAGAGAAGAAUGAUGCUGUCUCACCAGAACUCUAAGGGUAGAGAGGAAGUGACUGCAAAAAGGGUGAAGAAAGAUGUUCUGCACCCAGGUAAAAGAAAUACUGCCCCUUUCUCUGGAACCCUGGAUGGCAAGCCUUACCAACCACAUACAUUUACUGAUUCCCGUAUUUCAGAGGUUUUACAAGAAAACUGCAGAUUGAAAAGUGAACUGGAGAGAUUAACUGUGGAGAGGAAUGAACUGAAGAUGAAAUCUGAAGUAGCAAUGAACCAAUUUGAAAAUUCUAUGAAAAGGGUCAAGGAAGACACUGCAGCACACAUCACAUCUCUCAAAGCAUCUCAUCAGAGAGAAAUAGAGAAACUCCUCUGCCAAAAUGCAGUAGAAAAUUCUUCUUCCAAAGUAGCUGAACUGAAUCGUAAAAUAGCAACUCAAGAGGUACUUAUAAAACAUUUCCAAAAUCAAGUUAAUGAGCUGCAGAGUAAACAAGAGUCUCUUGUAGUUUCUCAAGUUCGAGAAGAAAUCCUACAGAAAGAGAUCACAAAACUCUUAGAAGAAUUGAGAGAAGCCAAAGAAAACCAUACACCAGAGAUGAAACAUUUCAUGGGCUUAGAAAAGAAAAUUAAACAGAUGGAAAUGAGACAUGAGCAAAGAGAGCAGGAACUUCAACAGAUAAUACAGCAAACACGCCAAGUAGUAGAAACUGAGCAAAACAAAGAAAUUGAGAAAUGGAAAAGACUCGCACAGUUGAAGAAUCGCGAGCUGGACAAGUUCCGCACAGAGUUAGACUCGAUAUUAGAUGUUCUCCGAGAGCUGCACCGGCGGGGGGUGGUCGUGCCCGUUGCUCUUGCAGAUGAAGUGCACGCACCAGAGCAUUACUAGAAACUCGGAUUUCAUCUGACCUCACCAAAAGGCCUGACGGUGGAUGGGAUUGGGCCGC